AUGGACAAGACUGAUCAGGAUCCGGAAUACAUUAGCUCACCCGAGUAUUUGCUACCAAUUGACGUAUGCGCAGAACUUGAUGAAACCAAGCUGCGUAAGCUACAUUUAGUGUUGUUAAUCAGUCCCAAUCGGUCCCAGUUCUCUGGGUUUCGUGAGAACCAAUGGCUCGAUUUCAUGCAAAUAUGUAUAGGAAAUCAGUCGCGGAGAGCGCAACAUCCGGAAGAUCUCUUUUCAGUUUCUUUCCCGGCCCUAUGUGCUUGUCAGUUCUGUAACCGUCGACGAUGUGUUCCAAACAAUACGUACGCCAAAAUAUACGAUUCUAUAAGGAAGGAUGUUACGGAUAUUCAGGAGUCUGGCUCCAUUAACGAGGGUGCAAAGCGUUUUUUGAGAAAAGUUAGGGAUAAUUGGAAAGUAAGUAACUCAGUCGAAUAUCUUGUCAGAAUUUGA